GCAAACAAUAUUUUACUUCACAUUUGCGUCGGAGCUUGAUAUGUGAUCGCAGUAAAUGGACUAAAGAAAUCAGCUGAUUAACAACGAGAAGAUGAACAUGUUCGCUUUCAUCCUAGUCAUUUGGCUAGUGGGCUGCAAACAAACUGCUAGCGCGCAGAAUAUGUGCAUUUGCUUGGAGCCAUUUCCCAGUAAAGACAAACCAUUUAACCAAACCGUUCACAUGGCCUCAGCUAAUGACGGUUCCAAGAGAAUCUUUCUUGUGGAUUUGGCGGGUUUUGUUUGGAUCGUACAAAAAGGACAAAUAUUAAGCAAGCCAUUUGCAAAUAUUACGUCUGAUGUCGACCAGAGCAAGAAAGAGACGGGCUUACAAACAAUAGCUUUCCAUCCUGGCUUCAAAACAAAUAAAAAAAUCUACCUGUUCUACACAGCCAAACAAACUCCAUUAGGUAAUACGACACGUUUAGUCGUGGAAGAGUUCAGAGUAAAAGAUGGUGAUAACAACACCGUAGACACCACAGCAUUCAGGAGGCUACUUCUCCAGUUUGACGCUCAAGAUGUGUUUCACUUUGGUGGGAAGAUGUGGUUUGAUGAAAAUGGUCUUCUGUACAUUGCUGUUGGCGACACCAAGUUCAUUGCAGAUGGAAACUAUCAGCCACAAAACAUGUCAAGUAUGAUCGGCAAAAUCCUGCGCAUCGAUGUGAAUCGCAAUGACACCGUUCGUGGAAAGCCGUACAGCAUUCCCGCAGACAAUCCAUUUGUCAAUGAACCUGGCGUGAUCCCCGAGGUGUAUGCAUGGGGCAUGCGUAAUCCAUGGCAAUGUACGGUUGAUAAGGGCGACCCCAAAACCAAAAUCGGAAAAGGGAGGGUAUUCUGCGCGGACAUUGGAAACAAAACUGAAGAGGAAAUUAAUUUGAUAGAAAAAGGCAAAAACUAUGGAUGGAACGUCAUGGAAGGAAAAACUAACGUCUGCCCAUCUUGUGUGAAAGGUGGUCCGGCAAAUAUUUCGUUCACUGAUCCGAUAUUUUCCUAUGCACACGGCCCUCAUGGACUAAGCGUCAUUGGAGGGUUUAUGUACAGAGGCUGCCACAACCCAGCGCUCCAAGGUCACUACAUCUACGGUGACUAUGGAUAUGACAAAGGAUUGUUUGCCUUGCGAGAAGAUGAAACAACAGGGAAAUGGAUCGACAGAAAUCUCACCUUCUGUGCCAUCUGUGUCAAACCAAGAAUUAAGUUUCUAAUCAGUUUCGGAGAGGAUGAGAAAGGUGAGCCGUAUGUGAUCGGCUCAGAGACAGAUAACUUCUCAGGGGUCUGGAAGUCCUAUGUCUACAAGGUUGUCCAUCGGGCUAGCUUCAAGAGAAUCUGCUAGUUUUGACUACUACUUUGACAACUAGUUUAUUCACCUCAGCGUUCAUGCUAGUUUUGACUACUACUUUGACAACUAGUUUAUUCACCUCAGCGUUCAUGCUAGUUUUGGCUACUACUUUGACAACUAGUUUAUUCACCUCAGCGUUCAUGCUAGUUUUGGCUACUACUUUGACAACUAGUUUAUUCACCUCAGCGUUCAUGCUAGUUUUGGCUACUACUUUGACAACUAGUUUAUUCACCUCAGCGUUCAUGCUAGUUUUGGCUACUACUUUGACAACUAGUUUAUUCACCUCAGCGUUCAUGCUAGUUUUGGCUACUACUUUGACAACUAGUUUAUUCACCUCAGCGUUCAUGCUAGUUUUGGCUACUACUUUGACAACUAGUUUAUUCACCUCAGCGUUCAUGCUAGUUUUGGCUACUACUUUGACAACUAGUUUAUUCACCUCAGCGUUCAUGCUAGUUUUGGCUACUACUUUGACAACUAGUUUAUUCACUUCAGCGUUCAUGCUAGUUUUGGCUACUACUUUGACAACUAGUUUAUUCACCUCAGCGUUCAUGCUAGUUUUGGCUACUACUUUGACAACUAGUUUAUUCACCUCAGCGCUUGAUGUUCAAUAAUAAAGAUAAUAAUGGGAGAAUAAAAAACUAUAAAUAAUAUUUUAACAAAAUUAUAUGAGAAAACAUGUUAAG